GCGCUGAAUAGCGCAGCAUCCUUUCCCUUCUCCCCCACCCUCGGCCUCGCUUCCAGCCAUCCGCCGCGGCUCGUCUCCGUCUCCCGGCUCCUCGGCGUCUAGCUCGUCAACGCGCGCGUCCGCCGUCGGCUCCUCCGACCGGCGUCCCACCACAGGGGAAUACAGAUCGACGAUCCGCUGGGCUUGCAAACAUGUAUAUCCGAGUGAAGCGCAACAAGAGUACCUACUUCAUUCAAUGUGAACCAACAGAGACAGCUUUGAGCAUCAAACAGAAGUUGCACUCGCUGAUAGAUCAACCUCCUAGUAGUCAGCAGUUGGUCUUGUGGCCUAGCAGUGAUGUGCUUGAAGACUCAAAGACUUUGGCAGAUCAAAAGGUGGAUAACGAUUCCAUUGUUGCAUUGGCACUAAGAAAAGAUGACGGUGAGUUUGAGGAAGUUUUCAUCGCUAGGCCGGAGGAUUUCAUGUCAUCAUCAUGAUAAAGAUUAGUCCAUCAUUUCUACAAAGGGACCACUGCGCGUUCUUGGAGUGGACCGUCGCUCUAUGCUGGUUCUUCUAGAAUCUGGGAUGUGGCUUGCUUGUCCCUUUGGGAGGAAAAAGAAAAUCUUUUAUGUGAGAUCCCAAACAACCGUUGUGGAUGAUAUUAAGCUUUGAUUUGACGCUCCAACUGAUGCCGUGCUUCUUGUACCUACUGGUGUCUGUCUUGGUGUUGGGAUCAGAGCGCACCUAAUUGUCCUUUUUUGUACCAGCUGUUGUAUGCGAAUCCAUCUGUGCCUUCAUCACCUAAUGCACUCGCUGUUGCUGCUGGC